UCUACCGAGGCUAGCCCGGAAACUGUGAUCCAAAACCUGGAUCUUCUGGGCGAAUUUGUUUGAUUUGAUUUAGCAACUUGUCAAACACUACAAACAUUCUUUGACUUGCUCGAGGGACUGGCCUGCGCUGGUUCCAUCUAUUCUCUCAACCACCCGACCAUAACGUGUUGCCUCCAGGGCGGGCCCUGGGGCCUCGCAGCCCACGUUGAGAUAUGGCUGACUCAGGCUAUCCUGAUGAUAUCCAGUUUGCCGGCCUUGUGCAAGCAGCAACUGCGGCGGCGGACGAACAGACACGCGACCCGUCGAUACUGGGGAAGAGAAAACGCCAUGACAACAUCUUGGACGAUGGCUCGAUGUUAUCUCAAGAUGUCCUGGAUCACGCGCCUAAUUUUGCCGAAGUACCAAUCAUUACUCCUCAGCUGAACAGCUCGGCUUCCGUGCUCUUCCGCGAGCCGUCUUCAAAAAGCAAGAAAUACAGCCGUCCACCGCUCGGCAGAGUCUUUACAUCGUUGGAGCUGGCUCCUGAGAACUUCUUGAGGUUACAAAACGCUGCAAAGGACUUCAUGCUUGAUGACGCGCACCCCGAACGAAGAGACGUCGUGGGACAGAAGAAGAACACGGGCGGCGCUGACGUUGCCAAGUUGAAUCUAUGGAACUGCGUUGAAGAGUUUCUUUCAUUGCACGGUUACGGUGAGCGAUAUUUCACACCCGGUGCAGGAGAAGGCAUUCCAGGCGCGCCGCAAAGGACCAUAUUCUGGCCGCGAGACAGUCAGACUAUCAUCAAGCUCAUGAUGCCUCUGAUGCGCAAAAUGGUUACAAACGAGCGUCAACGUGUCUAUGCUGCUGCAAGCAGGAAAUCAGGGUCGAAGGAGGAUGCAAAGACUGAUGAACACCUGGAAGCAGCAGAUGACUCCAUCCUUCAGGAUGAGUCUAUCCAGACCCCCGAUGCAGGUCCGCUAGAGCCUGUAUCGUCGACUACAGACGUGGAGCUGCCAAUGCCGACCUUGGAGAAGCCACAGACUAGGACAACUUUCAAACAGUCGAUUGUUCUCUACGUCAAUGUGGUCUCGAAUACGGGAGGUGCUCUUAGAAGGGUCAUACCUCGUUUCCAGCUAACGCCUGAAUCUGCUCCAAGUCUAUCUUCUUUGAUUGGUGAGGUGGAGAAGCGAUACAAACCAUUCUCGGAGAGUGGAAAUCGGCCAGUGGUGAAGGUAUGGCUGACGGAUGGACUUGUAACCGUGGCCGAGGAUGGAGAAUGGAUGGUCGCAUUGUUGAGUGCUGGCGUUGUCGACUGGAUGGAUGGCGAGGUCAGGGUCCUGGUUGAGAUCUGAGUGGCGGACUUCUACCUUGCUUUCCUUGGGCAUGAUGACUCCAACCCAAUGCACAUCUGGAGGGCUUCCUUUCCAAAGGAGCUUUGCUGGGAGGGUUUCCUGAGAUUCAGCACACUUUGUCGACGCCACAUGCCUUCAACACUCGAACAGCAUGUGAUAGUAGCAUAGGCAUGGGUUCCGCC